AUGACGUUUGAACCUCACCAGCCUAUUACCACAGAUUCGACUUCGUCUACUUUAGUACACAACACUCACAACUGCAUUACUGUGCAAGCUGAAGUCCACAUGGAAAUUUCUCCUGUGCAGUAUGAUCAUCGUUCAACAUCGAACAACAUUUCAUCAGACGAAAAACAGCAAAAUUCACGCUCUCGACCACGAGAAAAUAAUCAACAGUUAGCUGAUGCUUCGAUUAUUCAUGUGUUGUCUAAUGAAGGUAUUGUACCGUAUCAAGAAUGCAAUAUGUUAAACCAAGAUGUAAUCAUGGAUCAGGAAUUACUUCAACCAGACAUACCCAUUAUUUAUUGCAACUCUUCAGACCAGCUAAUAAGUAAUCAUUCUACUGGUGAACAAAUUGAUAUGGAUUUAGAUCCAGAUUUACCGUAUAGUAAUUGUCAUCAAUUUGAACGAGCUCAUCGGGAAUUUAAAAUAAAUUUCACUGACAAUUCAUUCGGACAUUCAUGUUCAGUAUGUGACAGGUUGUGGUAUAAAAACGAUUUAAAAAAGCCAUCUGGUGAACAUAAGGAUAUUCUCACAAAAAUUAUACCAAAUAUACCUAUGGAAAAUACUCAGCUUUGUAAUACAUGCGUCCAGGCUUUAAAUAAAAAUAAUAUACCAUUGAUGUCAACGUACAAUGGUUUCAAAUUUCCGGAAAUGCCUGAAAAUUUACCAGCAUUGGAUUUAAUAUCAGAAAGGCUCAUAUCACCACGUAUUCCUUUCAUGCAAAUUAGAAGAUUGAGGCAUGUAAAUGGUCAAUAUGGCAUUUACGGUCAAAUAAUAAACGUGCCUGUUUCAGUUAAUAAUAUGGUUAAAUCACUUCCAAGAAAUGUUGAUGACGAUUAUUGUAUAAAUGUCCAUAUUAAGCGUAAAAAAAUUCAUCGAUCUAGUUAUUUACACGGUAUUAUCAACAAACGUACAAUCAAAACUUGGCUGCGAUUUUUAAUUUCAACUCCGUUGUACACAAUGUACGAUAUUAAAAUUGAUGAUUCAUUUUCUACUGAUAACCAAAUUGACGACCAAAUUCAACAAGCUGAUAUCAGCGAACAUAUACCGAUAGAAGAAAGUUUGACAGCACAACAACAGACAUUAAUGUGGGAUGAAGAACAGUACUUACGCAUUGCACCUGGUGAAGAAAAUGCACCUCAAAGUUUAUUAUUUGAUGAACACGCUGAAGAACUUUCUUUUCCAGCGGUUUAUUUGGGUCAGUUCCGUAAUUUUAAGGAUGGUGUCAAAGUAACACCAUUCGCGAUGGCUUCUAGUGAACUUAGAAGAUCUGAUCGUCGUGCGGUGACACCAUAUCAUUUAUUGUAUAUGGCAAUGAAAAUUAUGAGAAUUCGAGUUCGUGACUCUCUUACAGUAGCUUUCAAGCACGUUGGUAAAGAUACUAAAAUCACUAGACAGCAAAUAGAAGAUGAUGAGUACAUUCAUAAUUGUAUUGAAACCAAUCUUGCAUUUUUAAGAUCAAUUCCAAAUUCUACUUGGUAUUGGAUGGAUCGUAAAAAAGAUCUUUUUGCUAUGAUCAGACAGUUUGGGAAACCAACUGUAUUUCUUACUGUCAGUGCCAAUGAAAUAGGGUGGAAUGAUCUGCUUCAAAAGCUGUACAAACUUAAACACAACGGUGAAUCGACUAUUUCUGAAGAAGUUGCUGAACUUUUACACUAUCUGGAAAAAACAACACUUGUCAACGAGGAUGCAGUUACAUGUGCUAUACAUUUCAACAAAUUAGUUAAUGUGUUGUUAAAAAUUUUAACAUCACCAAAAAUUAGUCCAUUUGGAAAGUACUAUGUUGUCCACUACUUUAAACGCAUUGAGUUUCAGCAUCGUGGUAGUCCACAUGCUCAUAUACUACUGUGGUUGGCUAAUGCUCCAUUGGAUGCACUCGAUAAAAAUAAAUUAGAUGCUAUCACAUUAAUUGAUUAUUUAAUAUCUGUUUCAUCUCAAGAAGCAUCAAACAAUAUUAAAUUACAAACACACAAGCAUACGUUUACAUGUUACAAAAAAAUAGUUGCAAAUAAACCUCAACAAUGCAGAUUUGAAGCGCCUUUCAUGCCUAGUAGAUCUACUACAAUACUAUCACCUAUGCAAAAAGAUGAACCAAAUUUCAAAGAUUAUGCUCAACGUUAUAAAUAUGUAAAAAUUAACCUUGAAAAUAAUGAUUACUCUGAUAUAGAUUCUUUUUAUAAAAAUAACAAUAUUACUUGUGAUGAAGAUUAUAACAAUAUUCUUCGAGCUGGAAUUAAACGACCAAGAGUAUUUGUCAAACGUCAACCUUGCGAAAAGUGGCAUAACCCCUUCAAUCCAUUCGUAUUCAACAUCGUUCGAUCUAAUAUGGACAUCCAGUUUAUCACUGAGGAAUACUCCUGUGCUAAUUAUGUCGCGGAAUAUGUGAAUAAAACAAACCGUGGUGUUAGUCAUUUACAACGACAAAUUAUUGAAAUUAUGGAUGAGCAUCCUGAAUUUGAUGUUGUUGAAAUAACAAGAAAAAUAGGCGUAAAUAUGCUUAACGGUGUGGAGAUCACUAGUCAAGAGGCUGCUUGGUAUUUGUUACGGGAACCAAUGUCAAAGUGUUCAACGGUUGUUACUACUAUUCCAACUAUGUGGCCAGUUGAUCGUCAAAGAAUAAAAAAGACACAAAAAGAAUUAGAUGCGUUGGGCAUUGGAGCCGAUUCAACAAAUAUUUGGAAAGAAAACUGGUUUGAUAAAUAUGAACGCAGACACGAAGACUUGGAAAAUGUUACUUUAGCUCAAUUUGUUGCUGUUUAUACUAUUAAACCCGAUGGCACUUACACAAAAAGAAAAGCCCCACGUGUUAUUCGUUAUCGGAAUUAUGACAUGGGAAAAGAUCUGAAUGAAUAUAAACGUGAAAUGACAAUUGAAAUUUGUCGAAAUUUGUGUCGAGAAGAUGAUUUUCAAGAUGAAAACGAAGUGCAAAAUGUCGUCAACGUGAUGCCUGAUCCAAAUCCAUUUCAAAAUUUAUACGAUAAUCCUAUUUCUGAUGUGAAUAGUGAUCUUCGAUUAGCUGUACUCAACAAACUAGGUCCCAUUGCUAAAAAACGAGAAAAUUUAAUGCCAAAUGCCGAAUUUUUCGAGUUGAUGAGGAUGGCAAAUGAUAAACAACAAGAACUUUUGCUACAUGUUAUCUCAAAUCUAUUAAGCUCAAAUAGUGAUCCAUUCCAAAUAUUUUUUACAGGUCCAGCAGGAUGUGGAAAGACUUUCGUUAUAAAACUUCUCAUGGAGAUUUAUAACCGCUUCACUGAUAACGAUGGGUAUUGCAACUCUUACAUUGCUUGUGCUUCAACAGGUAAAGCUGCUGUUGCAAUAGACGGGACUACUGUGCAUACUGCUUUAAAAAUAAGUUUGUCCAAGUUACUUCCCCUAAGUACUGAAGUAGCUCAUCAAUACAGAACAUUAUUUAAAUACGUUAAAGUAUUAAUUGUUGAUGAAAUCAGUAUGGUCGGAGCUGAAUUACUUGCUCAAAUUGACUCACGUUUAAAACAGAUUACAGGAAAUUUUAAUAUCAACUUUGGAGGUAUAGAUGUCAUUUUCAUUGGAGAUUUACGCCAGUUACCACCAGUUAGAGCUACUCCAAUCUACAAACAACAAAAACAAAGAAUUGUUGGACCUGUAUUGUGGCGUGGAUUGAAAUUUUAUGAGCUCAAGCAAGUAAUGAGACAAGCAAAUCAACAGUUUUCUACAAUCUUAACUAAAAUUGGAAAUGGUGAACAACUUGACGAUUUCGAGUUAAACUUAUUAGAAUCACGCUUUGUAACUAUUCAAGAAGCAGAAACUAAAUGUCCACAUGGGAUCCGAUUAUUCAAUACAAAUGAAGCUGUAACAAGAUACAAUAAUAAAAUUUUAAAUCUUGCACAAGAAAAAACAAUUUCAAUAGCGAAAGAUGUAUUCAUUGGUUGUACUUCGGCAGAGCAAACUACUUCCUUUCGUCAAAAACUACACAAAAUGUCAUUAAUUGAUACUGGAGGAUUACCAUACGAAACUGUAUUCGUGGUAAACGUCUUCUACAUGAUAACAACAAAUAUAGAUGUGUCUGAUGGCUUAGCAAAUGGGGCUGUUGGUAGACUAGUUUAUAUAGAAUAUAAUGAUGAUAGAGACGUAAAUGUUGUGUGGCUUGAGUUCCCGAACUCAUUAAAGAUUGGUCAAAAAAUUCGAAGAAAAGUCGCUGGACAUGUAGCUGCGCAUCAAAUUAGUAAAACAGCAGUGCCUAUCACGAGAAGAUCUUCGACUAUUCCUCUAAAUAACAGUAAAACGAUAAAUGUUAAACGUUCACAUUUACCUUUAGUUUGCGCUUGUGCAACAACUAUUCAUAAGUCGCAAGGAAGUACAUACCCUGAAAUUGUCUAUGAAUAUGAAAAAAAGCAUCCCUUGUCAUUAGUUUAUGUCGCUUUAUCACGCGUUACAAGUAUCGAUGGGUUAUACAUCACUACAAGAGACAAUGAUAAAACAUUUUUUCAUGGACGAAGACCUUCAACUGCAAUCGCUAAUUUACGAAAUGAAUUUCAAAGACUCUCGAAUAAUCGUUUGAUUACUAUCAGUACCGAUAUCUUAAAUUUCAUUAGCCAAAGAAAAGGAUUGACAGUGUAUACUUUCAACUGUCAAAGUCUACGCAGUCACUCCAUUGACUUAAGUGAUUCAGUUAUACAAAAAUCACAGAUCUUGAUGUUAAAUGAAACUUGGCUAAAUGAUAAUGAAUCAGUUAAUAUACCAAAUUUCAAUUGUAUAGUUCAAUAUAAACGACCAAAUCGUCGAGCUGGAGGCGUUGCUAUUUAUCACGGUGCAAACGAUACUACAAGUAUUAUUACUCCUUGUAUUGACAUGACAGUGAGACAGUCCAAAUUUGUAAGUUCAUCAACGUCGCCAGUUGGUGAAUUUUGCGUAGCUGAGUGUAUAAUGGAAGAUGGUAUCAAAAUUGUUUUGAUUGCAAUUUAUAUUUCUCCAAAUCAAAAAAUUGAAGACAUUGUUUAUUUUCUGAAACGGGCACUAUUUCCAUACACAACAAUUGGAGCAUCAUAUAUGGGUCGCAACGAGGAUAAGUUACCCAUGAUUUUAAGUGGAGACUUUAACGUUAACUUCAGUUUAGAAACUUCUGGGCUACUUAUUAAAUUUUUAGAAGAUGAUUUAAAUCUAUUAAUCAAUAAUGAUCCUACAGUAUCUACGACACGGCAUGGCACCACUAUUGAUGCUGUAUUUACAAGAUAUUUAUCUAACGUUUCAACAAGAUCAUUUAUAUCAUAUUUUAGUUACCACAAACCUCUUGUUACUCACAUGCCUAUUCAAUCACUACCAGAAGAAUCUGCGAAUAUAGAAUAA